GCAGCAGUUCUAAUCUCCAAGCUCAUUUCUCCUCAUGACGCCUCAGAAUUUCUCUCAGUUCUCAUGAGGUCCACGUCAAACAGCCUCUGAUUUCACUGCAGACCUUCUACUGACUGGGUUUUGGUUCUGAAAGAAGAAACAUCAAACCAGGUAGAAGGUGUGGAUUCAGCAGCAUGGAUCAGUGUGAGGACAGAGAGGACGGAGCCCCUCCCUCUAAAAUAACUCAGAGUGAGGAAGAUGAAGCUCAGAGGAUUCAUAAAAAACGAGGUAAAUGUGAACCAGAGCCCAGAGAUGAUUCAAUGGAGCCUCCAAAGAAGUCCAGACGUUCUGAUUCUUCAUCAUCAGUGAGCAUCCCUCAGAGAAACAAAACAGGACCAGAACCCAGCUGUCUCUCCUUGAAGAGCAACAGGUCAAAGGAUGAAUUUUUUCACUUCAAAUCUGCUGGACCUUCAUCCUCAGAGAGGAUCCAACAGAGAAACGAAACAGGACCUAAACCCAGCUUUGUCUCCCUGAAGAGCAAUAAGUCAAAGGAUGAAUUUUUUCAGUUCAAAUCUGCUGGACCUUCAUCCUCAGAGAGGGUGGACGAGCAGAACCUAGAACCAUCUGGUCAGCAGCAUCAAACUCAGCUGGACUCCAUAUUUAUGCUGCUGGAGGAAAACAUUGUCACGUUCGUGAAAAAUGAACUGAAAAGGAUCCAGAAAAAAUUGAGUCCGGAUGACCCAAAAUGGUCAGAGAGUCAGAAAAAUGAUGAUGAGAAGGUGUUGGGAAGUGAGGAUGAGGGCAGCAGAGAAGCACUGAUGAAGAUUACAGUGAACUUCCUGAAGAUGAUGAAGCAGGAUGAGCUGGCCGACCGUCUGCAGAUCAAUCUUGCUGCAGUUUUACAACUUAAAUCUGGUCUGAAGAAGAAGUUCCAGUCUGUGUUUGAGGGAAUCGCUAAAGCAGGAAGUCCAACCCCUCUGAACCAGAUCUACACAGAGCUCUACAUCACAGAGGGAGGAACUGGAGAGGUCAAUGAUGAACAUGAGGUCAGACAGAUUGAAGCAGCAUCCAGGAAACCAAACAGAGCAGAAACAAUAAUCAGACCAGAAGAUAUAUUUGAAGACUCCCCUGGAAGAGAUCAACCAAUCAGAGCAGUGAUGACUAAGGGAGUGGCUGGCAUUGGGAAAACAGUCUUAACCCAGAAGUUCACUCUGGACUGGGCUGAAGGCAAAGCCCACCAGAACAUCCAGUUCAUAUUUCCAUUCACCUUCAGAGAGCUGAAUGUGCUGAAAGAGAAAAAGUUCAGCUUGGUGGAACUUGUUCAUCACUUCUUCACUGAAACCAAAGGAAUCAGCAGCUUUGAAGACUUCCAGGUUCUGAUCAUCUUGGAUGGUCUGGAUGAGAGUCGACUUCCUCUGGACUUCACCAACAAGGAGAUCCUGACUGAUGUUACAGAGUCCACCUCAGUGGAUGUUCUGCUGAUAAACCUCAUCAGGGGGAACCUGCUUCCCUCUGCUCUCCUCUGGAUCACCACACGACCUGCAGCAGCCAAUCAGAUCCCUCCUCAGUGUGUUGGCAUGGUGACAGAGAUCAGAGGGUUCACUAACCAACAGAAGGAGGAGUACUUCAGGAAGAGAUUCAAAGAAAAGAAGCGAACCAGUAAGAUCAUCUGCCACAUGAAGAAAUCUCAAAGUCUCCACAUCAUGUGUCACAUCCCAGUGUUCUGCUGGAUCACUGCUACGGUUCUGGAGGAUGUGUUGAAGACCAGAGAGGGAGGAGAGCUGCCCAGCACCCUGACUGAGAUGUACAUCCACUUCCUGGUGGUUCAGACCAAAGUGAAGAAGAUCAAGUAUGAUGGAGGAGCUGAAACAGAUCAACACUGGAGUCCAGAGAGCAGGAAGAUGAUUGAGUCUCUGGAAAAACUGGCUUUUGAUCAACUGCAGAAAGGAAACCUGAUCUUCUAUGAAUCAGACCUGACAGAGUGUGGCAUCGAUAUCACAGCAGCCUCAGUUUACUCAGGAGUGUUCACACAGAUCUUUAGAGAGGAGAGAGGGCUGUACCAGGAGAAGGUGUUCUGCUUCGUCCAUCUGAGUGUUCAGGAGUUUCUGGCUGCUCUUCAUGUUCAUCUCACCUUCAUCAACUCUGGAAUCAACCUGAUGGAAGAAACACAAACAUCUACGAAUGAACCAAAGUCUCUCCAUCAGACAGCUGUAGACCAGGCCUUACAGAGUCCAAAUGGACACCUGGACUUGUUCCUCCGCUUCCUCCUGGGACUUUCACUGCAGACCAAUCAGAGUCUCCUAAAAGGUCUGCUGACACAGACAGGAAGUAGCUCCCAGACCAAUCAGAAAACAGUUCAGUACAUCAAGAAGAAGAUCAGUGAGAAUGUUUCUGCAGAGAAAAGCAUCAAUCUGUUCUACUGUCUGAAUGAACUGAAGGAUCGUUCUCUGGUGCAGGAGAUCCAACGGUCUCUGAGUUCAAAGCGUCUCUCUAAAUAUAAACUGUCUCCUGCUCAGUGGUCAGCUCUGGGUUUCAUCUUAGUGACAUCAGGAAAAGAUCUGGAUGUUUUUGAGCUGAAGAAAUACUUAGCUUCAGAGGAGGUUCUUCUGAGGCUGCUGCCAGUGGUUAAAGCCUCCAACAAAGCUCUGCUGAGUUACUGCAACCUCUCAGAGAGAAGCUGUGCGGCUCUGUCUUCAGUUCUCAGCUCCCAGUCCUCCAGUCUCAGAGAACUGGACCUGAGUAACAACAACCUGAAGGAUUCAGGAGUGAAGCUUCUAUCUGCUGGAUUGAAGAGUCCAAACUGCAAACUGGAAACUCUCAGGUUGUCAGGCUGUCUUAUCUCAGAGGAAGGCUGUGCUUCUCUGGCCUCAGCUCUAAGCUCCAACCCCUCCUAUCUGAAAGAGUUGGACCUGAGCUACAAUAAUCCAGGAGGAGGAACAAGGAAGCUGCUGUCGGCAGGACUAAAGGAUCAAGAAUGGAGCCUAGAAGAUCUCAGGGUGGAGCCUGCUGGAGAACGAUGGUUAAAACCAGGUCUGAGGAAGUAUUCCCGUCACCUCAGGAUUGACACAAAGACAGUAAACAGAAACCUGAUACUGUCUGAAGACAACAGGAAGGUGGAACUCGUUGAGGACGAGGAUGAGUCCGAUCAUGAUCAUUCAGACAGAUUUGAUAAACCUAAGCUGCUGUGUAAGGAUGAUCUGACUGGUCGCUGUUACUGGGAGGUAGAGUGGAAAGGAGAUAUUGAGAUAUCAGUGAGUUGCAGAAAAAUCAGAAGGAGAGCAGAAAGUGAUGACUGUAGGUUUGGAUGGAAUAAUCAGUCCUGGAGUCUGAGAUGCUCUGAUGAUGAUGAUGGAGGUGGUUAUUCUGUCUGGCACAAUAACAUAGAAACGUCUAUUUCCUCCUCCUCCACUUCCUCCUCUGUCUCUAACAGAGUAGGAGUCUAUGUGGACUGUCCUGCUGGCAUUCUGUCCUUCUACAGAGUCUCCGUAAACUCACUGAUCCACCUCCACACCUUCAACACCAAAUUCACUGAACAUCUGUAUCCUGGGUUUGGGUUCUGGUGGUCCGACUCUGGUUCCUCAGUUACUUUGUGCUGACUUUAAUCUAAAGAGUCUCCUGCUUUCAGAGAAAAUCUCUCCCUGUUGAACAGAUAGUUCUGUUUUUCUAUCUCUGCCUGUUUCCCUCAGAAACAUAUUUUCUAUUCAGUUUAUUUCUAUAGCUCCAAUUCACAUCAUGUCAUCUCAGGUCACUUUCCAGUUCACCAGAUCAUCCAGUCAGAUUGAUUCAAAGUUUUCUAUCUAAGGAAAACCAGCUGAUUGCAUCGACUCGAUUACUCUUCAGCAAUCCCUCACAUUUUCAGAUUAAUGGAUUCAGUCUUUCUCACCAAAACUCUUCUGAAUGUUUAAUUGGAAACUUAUUACUAUUCCAGUCCUAUAAAGAUAGAAUCUGAGAUUAUUCCAGAAUCCAAAUGUUGUUUUUCUGCCUCUUUCCAUUCAAAACAUUAUUCUGAAUAUCUAAUUAUUAUGUUUCUAUGUUGUUGUUUUUUUCUUUCCUUCCUGAAUCAGCUUUAAUUAAAAUGUUGAGCAGUUUUUCAAAAUUACUGGAAAUAAUCUGUGUUUCUGUUUCUUUAAACAAAAGAUUGAAAUGUUUAAUCUUCCUUCUGUAUAUUUGCUGCAGUUUUACCUCAUAUGUAUCAGUGUGUAAUAAACAGAUUUUUCUUC